GACCGGCGAGGAGGAGGCGCUCCGUAGAGCGAAGCGGGCAGCGGAGGCGAAGCCGGGGCUGUGCUCAGUUGUUGACGAUGUCUGGGGAGCUGGAGAUCAUGGAAGCGCAGCGGAUGUGGGAGCCGGAUUCCAAGCGCAACACCAGCAUGGACCGCUUCAGGGCGGCGGUCACCGCGGCUUACGGCAUCCGCUUAGCCAACUACAGCGAGUUUUACCACUGGUCUGUACAGCAUUAUUCGGAUUUCUGGGCAGAGUUUUGGAAAUUCAGCGGGAUUGUCUUUUCUCGGCUUUAUGAUGAGGUGAUCGAUCCCUCCAAGAGCAUCGCGGAUGUUCCCGAAUGGUUUAAAGGCAGCCGUUUAAACUAUGCCGAAAACCUUCUGAAGCACGAGGAGAACGAUAAAAUCGCCCUCUAUGCCGCACGGGAAGGCAAGGAAGAGAUCGAAAAAGUGACUUUUGAAGACCUGAGGCACCAGGUGGCUUUCUACGCUGCGGCCAUGAGGAAGUUGGGGGUGCAUCCGGGAGACCGGGUUGUGGGUUACCUGCCCAAUGGUAUCCACGCAGUGGAGGCUAUGCUGGCCGCUGCCAGCAUCGGGGCCAUCUGGAGUGCGACGUCGCCGGAUUUUGGCAUCAACGGCGUCCUGGAUCGGUUCUCCCAAAUUCAACCCAAGCUAAUCUUCUCCGUCGAAGCCGUCAUCUACAACGGGAAACGCCACAACCACCUGGAAAAGCUUCAGAGUGUCGUCAAAGGACUUCCGGAUCUGAGAAAAGUCGUUGUCAUCCCCUAUGUAUCUUCAAGAGAGUCCAUAGAUAUUUCCAGAAUCCCAAACAGCGUGUUUUUAGAAGAUUUUCUUGGAACAGGCAAGGGAGACCACGUGCCUCAGCUGGAGUUCGAGCAGCUGCCCUUCAGCCACCCACUUUUCAUCAUGUACUCUUCAGGCACGACGGGUGCCCCGAAAUGCAUGGUGCAUUCUGCAGGGGGGACUUUGAUUCAGCACCUGAAAGAACAUAUCCUUCACGGGAACAUGAGCAGUAAUGACGUCAUCAUAUACUAUACCACGACCGGUUGGAUGAUGUGGAACUGGCUGGUGUCUGCUCUCGCGGUGGGAGCCUCCGUGGUCCUGUACGACGGCUCCCCCCUGGUUCCUUCGCCCAAUGUCUUGUGGGACUUGGUGGAUCGAUUAGGGAUUACCAUCCUUGGGACGGGUGCCAAGUGGUUGGCAGUGCUGGAAGAGAAGAAUCUGAAGCCAUGUGAAACCCACAAUCUUCAAACCCUCCACACCAUCUUGUCCACCGGGUCGCCUCUCAAGCCUCAAAGUUAUGAGUAUGUCUACAAGCACAUCAAGAGCAGUGUCCUCCUGGGCUCCAUUUCAGGAGGCACCGAUAUAGUUUCGUGUUUUAUGGGUCAUAAUGUCACCAUCCCAGUUUACAAAGGCGAGAUCCAGGCACGGAAUCUUGCAAUGGCGGUAGAAGCAUGGAAUGAGCAAGGUAGGUCCGUUAGAUCCAACUCACCUUCCUGGACUUCUCUCGGAUGGUUUCUUCCAAAUCAGAGCAGAGAAAAGUGGAACAAAUUAUUUGGAACAUCUGAAGGUCAUUUCUCAAACUGGGAAUUUUCUCCUGGUUUGUUGUGUUUGGGGAGCUGGGUCAGAACAUCUGGGCUCAAAAGUUUUCAGAAUUAUUUGCCAGGGUUCCUGAGUUUCAGAUGCUUCACCCACCAUCUCGUUUCUCCUUCAGUGGAAGCGUUCGAGGAGGUCUCUGACAGCCUCUGUGUCCCACAGUACAACAAGCACGGCGAGGAAAGAGUGGUCCUCUUCUUGAAGAUGAGCACCAACCACGAGUUCACGCCCGAUUUGGUGAAGCGCAUCAGGGAAGCGAUUCGGGCGGCCCUUUCGGCUCGUCACGUGCCCAGUCUUAUUCUGGAAACGGGAGGGAUUCCGUACACCAUCAAUGGGAAGAAGGUGGAAGUGGCCGUUAAACAGGUCAUCGCUGGCAAGGAAGUGGCCAAGCGGGAUAUCUUUUCGAACCCGGAGGCGCUCGAUCUCUACCGUAAUAUUCCUGAGCUGCAGGAUUUUUGAAGGCACCUCGUCUCUUCCCGUCUCUUGGUCACCGUUGUAAAAAGGACUCCAAUUUUGCAGAAAGAUGAAAAGAAGUUUUUUGGGUUGGUGAUCCUGGGCUGGUGUUCCUUUUCAUGGGACCAUCUAAUCCAGGGAUUUCCAACCUUGGCAACUUUAAGACUUGUGUACUUCAACUCCCAGAUAUUUCCUCAGCCAAAGCUGACUGGGGAAUUCUGGGAGUUGAAGUCCAGAAGUCUUAAAUGUUGCUAAGGUUGGAGAUCCCUGAUCUAAUCGAUGGUCGUCUCACUUUCAUGGGCCUGUGGGAUGUGUUUUUUUAAAUCCAAUCCAAUGGCACUUUUGGUGCAGGUUUUAGGUUUUGGUGAAGGGUCAGAGGAGGGGAGGAAAAAAAAACAGUUCCCCCCCUCCCCCAGCAUAGAAUUAAAAGCAAAACUUUUUAAGUUUUUAAAGUCUGAGGAAGCCUGUGGCAACAUUAAAGUGUCUGGACUCCUGCUGGCUGGGGAAUUCUGGGAACUGUAGUCCAGGCGCCUUAUGGUUGCAAAGGUUGAAAGACACAAAUGCUUAGAUAUUUACAAGGCAGUCGCAGAUCUUUCAUGGCUGAGAUCCUUGUUUUUAGAGUCACAUCUUUUCAACAGGCAGGAAUUUUGAGCCCAGUUUAUUUUGCUUCUAAUUGAGGAUACUUCAUUAGCCAAGGAUCCUUUAAAACGGUUUCCUCUAUGUGGCCAGGAGUUCCAAAGGCACUGACAAAAGCAACACGUUGCUUGUUGAUGUCCUACGGAACCAAUACAACAAUUAAACCGCACUUAAACCGCCUGGAGGAAAAAAAUCCAGAAGAAUUCACUUUGAGGUCAGGAAUAAGGACCCUUAUCCAUGGUGCAGUGAGAUGGCAGACCCAUCCUCCACACCUGCCAGGUAGGAGUUUGGAGUCCAGCAGUUCUUGGAUAAGGGAAGCCCUAUCCCUUCUCGUCCAAGUGUGAGAAAGCGAUUGUGCAACGUGCUUGUUUAAAAGUGGGUGUAAACACAAAUAUUGGGUGGAGGGAGAAUUCUAUAAGGUGAGUUCUGACUUACCUGAAAAGGAAGCCUCAUAUAUAUAUAUAUAUAUAAAUAAACUGUUUAUUCCUUUAUUAUUAUUAUUUUUAAAUGAAUUUUUUAAGGGCAUAAAAAGGACUAAAAAUGUGGUCGGGGUGCUGUAUAGCUGACUUGGUUUGUCAACAAGCGUUUUCUUCCCCUAAAAAAUGGUUACAAGCCUAUGGAAAUAGGCCAAUUAAUUACACAUUUCUAAAGGAAGUUCUAGGUAUAUUAAAAAAAAAAGGAAUGGGGGAAAAAUGGGGGAGGGGAAUUGAAUGAACGGCGGGCAAAUUUUAUUUCCUUUUUUUAA